AUGUCCAAGACAGCCGACGUGGAGAAGGCGUCAGGACCUCAACGGAGCUCGGGCGAUAUCGAGAAGGCUGCGGAAGCGACAUCGUCCGUUGAAGAGGAAUUGAAACCAACAGUUUCGAUCUCGCAGACUGUCACAGGUGCCCUGACCAAGACUCUUUCCAGAGUGCGGACGAAAGACGGGAUCGACCCAGGACCACCACCUGAUGGAGGCUUGCGAGCCUGGCUAACGGCCUGCAUGGCGCAUCUUGUCAUAUUCAACACCUGGGGAUUCAUCAACAGCUUCGGGCUGUUUCAAACCUUUUAUGUGGAGGUGAUGAAGAUCGGGGGACCUAGUUCUGUUGCAUGGAUUGGAACCACCCAGGUAUUCGUUCUGUUUGGUAUGGGCACCUUCACUGGACGAGGUCUGGAUGCAGGAUUCUUCAAACUUCAAUUCAUCUCCGGCAGCAUCAUCUAUGUCAUUGGCAUGUUUUUGCUCAGUCUGUGUGACCAAUACUGGCAGAUCUUCCUGGCUCAAACCCUGUGUGUUGGUAUGGGAUAUGGCUUGGUCUUCGUCCCGACUCUGGCCUUAGUGAGUACCUAUUUCUUGAAGAAACGAAGUACGGGGCUUGCCAUUGCCGUCACUGGUUCGGCUACCGGCGGAUUGGUGUUUCCUGCCAUUGCGGAAAAGAUGCUCCCUACUGUGGGCUUCGCGUGGACCGUUCGUACCAUGGCAUUUCUACAAAUGACUCUUGCUAUCGUGUCUGCAAUAUUUUUGAAAGCAACCUCGUUUGCCGCCGCGAAAGUCUGGACCUUUGGUCGAAUGGUCUGCGUUCAAGGAGACACCAUAUACACUUUAUGUGAUUGGAUCUUUCCUGUACUUUUGGAGCGUGCAACAAGUAUCAACUUGCUGAUGGUUUUGAACGGAGUGGGGGUUCCUGGUCGAAUUCUUCCGGCGUAUAUCGCUCAGAGAUGGAUUGGUCCGUUGAAUCUGAUGAUUCCAACCGUGGCUACCGCUGGGGCUAUCCUUUAUUGUUGGACCGGGGUGGAUUCGGCAACGGGACUGUGGAUUUGGGCGUCGUUUUACGGUGUUGCUGCUGCUGGUCUGCAAGCCUUAUUUCCCGUCGUUCUGACCAGUUUGACCACAGACCCCAAGAAGGCUGGGGUGCGAGCGGGAAUGGGCUUUUCCAUUGUCGGCUGUGCUGUUCUUACUGGACCUCCAAUUGCCGGAGCUUUAGUACAAAAGGACGGAGGAGGCUUCGUGGGGUUGCAGCUCUUUUCCGCGACAAGUAUGGUAGCAUCAGCGGCGGUUCUUGUAUGUGUAAGAUUCGCAGCCGUAGGAUGGAAACGAGCGAAGUUGUAG